CGAAGAGGAGAGCGGACGGAGGCGGCGCCAGAAGCGGCAGCGGAGCCCAUGCCCCGGGACGGCGGGCGGACCCGGAGAGACAGGUCCGGGGCCCGGGGCAUGUCCCCGGGGCCCCCGUGAGGAGGCGGCGGCGGCGGAGAUGGAGCUUUCGCCGCAAGAGGCUCCGCCCGGGCCGGGCGCGAACAGCGACGCCGAGGAGGCCCCUGCCGAGGCCGGACCUCCCAGCCCCGCAUCGCCCGCAGCCGACGGGCGACUCAAAGCUGCAGCGAAGCGCGUUACGUUCCCGUCGGACGAGGAUAUCGUAUCCGGAGCGGUGGAGCCCAAAGACCCUUGGAGACACGCCCGGGACGUGACCGUGGACGAGGUCAUCGGUGCCUACAAGCAGGCCUGCCAGAAGCUGAACUGCAGGCAGAUUCCCCAGCUCCUCAGGCAGCUCCAGGAGUUCAAGGACCUCGGGCACCGCAUUGACUGUCUGGACCUAAAAGGGGAGAAGCUGGAUUACAAGACCUGUGAGGCCCUGGAGGAGAUCUUUAAGAGGCUGCAGUUCAAGGUCGUGGACCUGGAGCAGACGAACCUGGACGAAGAUGGUGCCUCUGCCCUCUUUGACAUGAUCGAGUACUACGAGUCAGCCACCCACCUCAACAUCUCCUUCAACAAGCACAUCGGCACCCGCGGCUGGCAGGCUGCCGCCCACAUGAUGCGCAAGACGAGCUGCCUGCAGUACCUGGAUGCCCGCAACACGCCCCUGCUGGACCACUCGGCGCCCUUCGUGGCCCGCGCCCUGCGCAUCCGCAGCAGCCUGACCGUGCUGCACCUGGAGAAUGCCAGCCUGGCCGGGCGGCCCCUCAUGCUGCUCGCCACAGCCCUGAAGAUGAACAUGAAUCUGCGGGAGCUGUACCUGGCCGACAACAAGCUUAACGGCCUGCAGGACUCAGCCCAGCUGGGCAACCUGCUCAAGUUUAACUGCUCCCUGCAGAUCCUGGACCUCCGGAACAAUCACGUGCUGGACUCAGGUCUCGCCUACAUCUGUGAGGGCCUCAAGGAGCAGAGGAAGGGGCUGGUGACCCUGGUGCUCUGGAACAACCAGCUCACACACACGGGCAUGGCCUUCCUGGGCAUGACGCUGCCACACACCCAGAGCCUUGAGACGCUGAACCUGGGCCACAACCCCAUUGGCAAUGAGGGCGUGCGGAACCUCAAGAACGGCCUCAUCGGCAAUCGCAGUGUGCUGCGCCUCGGCCUGGCCUCCACCAAGCUCACAUGCGAGGGCGCGGUGGCGGUGGCGGAGUUCAUCGCCGAGAGCCCCCGCCUCCUGAGACUGGACCUUCGGGAGAACGAGAUCAAGACGGGCGGGCUCAUGGCGCUGUCCUUGGCCCUCAAGGUGAACCACUCACUGCUGCGCCUAGACCUCGACCGGGAGCCCAAGAAGGAGGCGGUCAAAAGCUUCAUCGAGACCCAGAAGGCACUGCUCGCUGAGAUCCAGAACGGCUGCAAGCGCAACUUCGUGCUGGCCCGGGAGCAGGAAGAGAAGGCGCAGCGGCUGCAGCUGUCAGCCUCCAUGCCUGAGAUCACCGUCACCAAGCCCCAGCCUGACGAGGAGCCUGGGGACGAGCCGGCCACCGAGGUGCAGGAGAACGGGGCCCCGGGGCCCGUCCCGGACUCGGACUCAGACUCGGACUCGGAGGGAGACGCUGGGGAGAGGGACACGGCGGACGGCAGCCAGAGUCCCUCAGCCCCCUGCCCUGCCCUGGUGCCCCCCACAGACUCCCUGGGCCCUGGGGACAGGACCCCCCCAGGCAGCCCCUCUUCCCCCACUGAGCAGCGCAUUUCUGUGUCCAGCCCGGGCCGGGGCCACAAGGUGUUUGUGGUGACCCGGGUGGAGAGUCCGCCCGAGAGGGCAGGGCCAGCUACCACACCCUCCCUGUCCCCCUCACCUGCCCCACCUGUCCUGUCCCCCUCACCUGCCCCCCCCCAUCCUGCCAUCAGCGCCCGGGACCCAGGGUCGUCUGAGCCUCAGCCACGGCUGGAGUCGCCUCGGUCAGGGCCACCGCUGCCCAACGGCCUAAAGCCUGAGUUUGCCCUCGCACUGCCCCCAGACCUGCCCCUGGGGCCUGAGGCGAAGGGGGGCGGCUGCGGCCUGGAACACGAGCUGAGCUCCUCCAAGAACGAGAAGGAGCUUGAGGAGCUGCUCCUGGAGGCCAGUCAGGAGUCGGGGCAGGAGACACUGUGACACUUUAGUUUUUUUUUCCGGUUAUUCUUCGAUGAGCUGAGGCUAGAGCCAUGUGAACCUGCUCACCCAAGGCUCAGGACGCCCGGGGUGGGGGGGCUGUCCCAGUGCCCCCUCCCCCCACAGCAGCACCACCAGGGGUGCAGGAGCCACAGGCGAGUGCGCGGCCUGCCCCGACCUAAGCACCUCGGUUUACAUCCAGCGCUCGAAGACUCUGGGCGGGGGACGGGGGGUGGAGGAGGAGGGAGAGGCCAGGCCAAGGGGUCAGGCUCAAGGCCUGCCCUGUUUGGUGCAGGGGCCCUUGGUGGUGCUGGGACAAUGCCCCGGUGGCCCCGCACGGGACCAGGCAGCAUGGCUCAGGGGUGGGAGGGACGGCGGUGGUGGACGUGGGUAGAGCAGAGCCCCGGGCAGGGAGAGGGCUGGUGCAGGGUGGGAGGGGGAGAUAGGAGCAGAGCUUUCUUUUUCUUAAGUGCAAUAAAUCUAUCAGGGAGCUGGGGCAGGGAGCAGUCAGGGUUGUGGGACCCUGCUGUCCAGGCCACUAGAGGCCAUGCCCCCGAGAGGCACUACAG